CACUUUAACCUCGAGAAAAUUAGGCAGAAGAGUGGUUUAAAGCUUUUAUUUCCUGUUCCGGUGUCAAUAAUUCCUGUCUUCACAAACAGGCGAAAUGUUGACCCGAGUGUCGCGGUUCGGGUCCGCUUUGCCCCGGUUACUCUCCAAACCACCGGCCCGGUUCGUGUCCCAGUCGAACCGGACUAGCGCCGCUGGUUCGGCCGCUGUGACGGAGCUGCAUCCCGCCGCGGAGCAGGCUGGGCACGGGGAGGUCAGCCCUUACGUCAAGAAUCCAGACUACCAUGGGUUCUCCAGCGACCCUGUGGUGGACCGGUGGAACAUGAGGGUGGCCUUCUUCUUCAGCAUCUCGGUGGUUCUUGUUAUUGGAGGAACGUUCAUCCAUUAUUUACCAGAUCACGGUAUGCGCCAGUGGGCCAGAAGGGAGGCGGAGCGUGUGAUUCAGCAGAGGGAGAAGGCGGGACUUCCUGUCAUCGGCGAGAACUACUACGACCCAAACAAGAUCAUCCUGGCCCCCGCUGGAGAGGAGUAGGACGUCCCACGUCCACCUAACGGAUGUAACCAUGACCGAAUAAAUGAUGUGUUUGUUGAAUUGUA